UCGAGAUUAUCAAAAUUCUCCUCGGGCUCCUGCUUUACAUCUAUGUGAUUGACGGCGUCGAUCUUUAGUCCGUUAUCGUUGUUCAUUGACAACAGAUGAUUCGCAAUCGUAUUUCGAUCCUCCACGUUUCUAUUUGUUACCGACGAACCAUUCUGCAUCAGCGCUCCAUCAUUCUCACCUUCGCUAGGCACCCGAUCGUCAUCUUGGCAAGAAUUGCUUCGUUCCCAAAUAGGGGGACGGGGUAACAUUUGUUCUUUCAGAAAUUGCAGACUUUUGAAAUGUAUCCAUACUGGUCUGUUUCGAUGAAAUUUGCUUUUCCGAUAAACUUGGUCCUUCUUCAACUCCGCCCGAAAACACAAGGCGCCGAAGCACGCGUAUAUAAAGGUAUUUAUUUAGGAAAAUCAACGUUAAUCAAAGAGAGAUUUGAAAAAAAAUACAGACAUGCAGAUUUAGAUAAGCGUCUUACGAAAGAUCGUAUAAAGGCUGAAUGUCGUGCUAUAAUUCGUGCUAAAGCCGCAGGAAUCGCAACACCAGCUAUAUAUUUGGCAAAUUUGGAACGACGAUGUAUUUAUAUGGAAUAUAUAGAAGACGCAAUAAUACUAAAAGAGUUUAUCGAUAAAAAAGUUUCAAAAGAAAUAAAUGACGAUCGUUUAUUAAAUUUUAUAGCACAAGGACUAGGAACAAUAAUUGCGAAAUUACAUUUGAAGAACAUAAUUCACGGAGACUUGACUACUUCGAAUGUACUUUUGAAAAAUAUUGAUGACGAUCACAUUAAAAAAUAUGAAAAUGCUGCGAACAAUUUUGUUAUAAUAGAUUUUGGAUUAGCUCGUAUAGAAUCAAGCGUAGAAGACAAAGCAGUCGAUUUGUACGUUCUUGAACGAUCAUUACUAAGUGCACAUUCAGAAAUACCUCUUUUGUUUUCAAAGAUAUUUGAUACUUAUCAGAAACAUUACGCAAAUAAAAGUCAAUGUAAAGAAAUUGUUUCUAAAUAUAAAGAAGUACAAUUACGAGGGCGAAAACGAUUAAUGAUCGGUUGACUUCGAUACAUUUUUUAUGAAUAUAUUAAACACAUUUUAUUACCAUAUUUUCCAUAAUUUAUACAUGUUAAAUAUACCUUAAAUAAACCUUAUAUAAGCUUACAUGUUACAAGUUUGAACUCUACUAUUUUAGUCGAUAUCUAUGAUUUUAAAAUUGUACGUUGAUUAGUUUUUUCAUCCAGAUUAUUUUUACUUAAAUACUAGUAAUUUUCUGUGGCAAAAUUUUUUUUCAAUCACUAUUACUUUUUUGAAAAAAGUUCAAAUAAAUUUUUAUCAGUAAAAUUUAAUGUAUACAGAACUACAUUAAUAUUCCAAAUCUAUUUUUUUUAUAUUUUUGCCUUGUACUUGUUAAGGCAAAAGCUAAGGCUGUUAAUAUAUAAUAUAUUUAGAUAGUGGAAAUAAUACCAGUAUAAAAAUUUCACUAUAUAUCCAUUAAGUAUUAAGUCUGAUCAAGUAUUGAGCAAUAUAGUCAUUUAAAAUGUUUAUUUAUAUUAAUUAUCUGCACAUAUAUAUAUUCUGAUUUGGCAUAUGCAACAUGUAUGUUUUCAUAGCGCGAUUUAGAGUACUUACUAUCAAUGAUAUGUAAUAAAGAAAUUAAGUUUAAAAUAAAAAUAUUUUAUAAUUAGUAUUUAAAAACAUUGUCUCUGGUAAUAAAUAAUUGGCCUUUAAAUAUAAUGCAUACAUUUCUAUGCAAAAAGAAAGGAAUUUUUUGAUAGAUAUAUUUUUAUGUUAUAAUAUUUAAUUCUAUAUAACAAAUUGUCCAAGUAAUUCUUAUGUAUUUAUUGUGCUACAAGUCUAAAGCUCAUAUGAACUGUGAAAAAUAAUUGCUCUUGACAAAAAUUCUUAUGAGGUCAAUUGCAUAUACGCACUUGAUUUUUGGAAAAUAUUAUACAUAUUUAUGUUCUUAUCAGUAAAAUCAUCACUUACACAGAAACUAAUCAAUCAAAAUGUAACCCUGAAUAUAUAAUGAUCCAAGUGACC